AUGGAUUCGCUGGAUAAAAUAGAGCAAAAUGUUAUCCACGAAGCUCACAGUAUCGCUUCGAUUUCAAUUCAUAAAAUGCGAAAUCUGUGGUCAGAGAUCUUCGACGAGCAUACAUGUCAGAACCACAUGAGCCUUCUUCCGGAACAUAUUCAGACUUUCUUUAAUGAGGUGUACGAGGAGAGUGAGAUUCGUAAACGGAAAUUUUUGGAAGCGAUCAAUCGGCUGCGCCAAGAAGCAACUAACUUAAAACGGUUGUUGCGUGAAGAUGAUUUGGAGCUGGAUUGCGACAUGAAUAUGCCGUUGCGGGCGGUUCAAAUCAAUUUGGAUCGUAGUUUGGAAAGCAUGCGUGAACGGUUGAAACUUCGACACGAUCAAAUAGACGAAUAUCUAUUCGAACAGGAAACACUUUGUGAAGAGCUUGGCGAAUGUCCCCGGGAGUUAUCAAAAGACCCUCUCCCAUCGGAGACUGAAAUGCAAAACUUUCGCGCCUACUUGGAUGGGCUGCGAGAGGAGAAACUUCACCGCUUUGACGAUAUUGCGUCCAUGCGACGGGAAAUCAAGAUUUUGAUGGGCCACCUGGAUAUUAUAGCACAAACAGACCGCCAGGACGAGUUGGUUAAUGCCCGAAACUUUCCCCCUACCAGACAAAAUUUGACAGAUCUUCGUCAUCUACACGAAUCGAUUCGCUCACAGUUUGAACAUUUGAAGGAUAACAUUGAUCGGAUGCGAGUGAAGUUGCAGCAACUGUGGAAAUAUCUGGCCAUACGUCCUUCAGUGGUAAAGAAAUUCGAAAAGUAUGACGAUUACACUCAGACAACGUACGACAAACUGUUCGCCGAAUUGGAAAGGUGCGAAACUAUGCGACGUGAGAACAUACAAGCGUUUGUUGAUCGAACACGCGAAGAGAUUGUGCAAUGGUGGGACAAGUGUCUCAAAUCAGCCGAGGAAAGGGCUAGAUUCUCAACCUUUAAGAGCGACGUAUACAACGAAGAUCUGUUGACUUUGCACGAAAUGGAAUUGAACGAUUUAAAGGACUAUUAUCGCAAAAAUGAAGCAAUUUUUCAAUUGGUGGAACAAAGAAGAGAGAUGUGGGAUAAAAUGACGCUACUUGAGCAGAAAUCAAACGACCCUUCCCGGUACAAUAAUCGAGGUGGGAAAUUACUGGAGGAGGAAAAGGAGCGCAAACGCAUUAGCAUUCAGUUGCCGAAAAUUGAGACUCGUUUGCUGGAAGCAUGCAGACGGUAUGAGGAAGAAACAAAACAUAAGUUUACCAUUUUUGGUGAAAACGUCGAAGAUGUCAUUCAAGAACAGUGGAAGAAGAGAGAGGAGGGGAAGCUUAAGAUUUCCAGUGCUCGCAAGAAGGCUAACAUGGGAACUCCGAAUACGGCCAACAAAACCAGUGCUAUGGCACGAACUCCGCGAACUGCGGAAACGCUGCUGAAACAGUCGAGCAUAAUCAGUCGAUCUAGGCUUGUUGUUUCAGGAGCAAAAGGUUCCUCCAGCAAGAAGUAUUCACCGGCGAAACUGUCCUCCGCUGGGCUGAAACGCAAGCUACCUUCUCCGAAAGCCACAGGAGCAGUUAAACGCUCCCUGCUCAAGGACCUAAACGGCUCGGGCAAGGGUUUCCUGAAACCUGGUGCACCGAUUUCUGCCAGCAAAAAUCGUCAGAACCCCAAAUCACCGGGCAGAAUACCCACCAUCAAAGUUUACGAAACAAAAGGUGGUGUGUCGGUUGCUCAGAAGAGGCGUUCGCGAAGAAAAUCACAGAACAAAGCAAGACGAAGUGUAUCGAAAGUCCGGCCAGAAAUUGUUAUCACAUCAAGCUCUGAGAAUACUAUGCAAUCGGAAUCAGUAUCAUAUGAACAUUUCGAGAACUUUUUCGAACAAAACACGCCCAACCGUUCGUCGCUCAUGCCGAGCCGACGAGCCGCAGUGCGGGAAGCUACAAUGAUCUCCGUUGGAUCACGAACCAUGAAUCGACGCAAUCUGCGCAACAAUGGAACGCUGCUCAGCUCUACCAGCAACGCUACCGGUACACCAUCGAAGAUAACAUUCCGGACGGCUCCUUCCGCAUCCAGUACCAUGCUGGCGACCACCCUCCGGUCACCGGGGAUGGUAAACAACAUCACCUCUAGCGGUAAAAAGCUUACAGCGACCUCGAAAAACUGUCCCAUUAUUUUCUAG